GUUUCUUCUCCUUCAUUAUUCAGAAGUGUUGUCAGAGAGCAGAGGUAGUUGGUGAACCUGAUUCUAAUUUCCUUUAUGGUUCCCAAGUAGUUUAGCCAUGAGUACUUUAAAACUACAGAAGAGGCUUGCAGCCUCUGUGAUGGGAUGUGGGAGAAAAAAAGUUUGGCUUGAUCCCAAUGAAAUCAAUGAAAUAGCCAACACCAACUCUCGACAAAACAUUCGUAAAUUAAUCAAGGAUGGGUUGAUCAUCAAAAAACCAGUAGCAGUCCAUUCCAGGGCCAGAGUGAGGAAAAACACAGAGGCCAGGAGAAAAGGUCGUCACUGUGGUUUUGGCAAAAGGAAGGGUACAGCAAAUGCUCGAAUGCCAAGAAAGGUAUUGUGGGUGAAUCGAAUGAGAGUUCUGAGGAGGCUUCUAAAGAAAUAUAGGGAAGCAAAGAAGAUUGACCGUCAUCUCUACCACCAGCUCUAUAUGAAAGCAAAGGGUAAUGUCUUUAAAAACAAACGUGUAUUGAUGGAGUUCAUUCACAAAAAGAAGGCAGAGAAAGCAAGAACGAAAAUGUUGAAUGACCAGGCAGAGGCCCGUCGGCUGAAGGUGAAGGAGGCCAAGAAGCGGCGAGCAGAGCGUUUGACACAAAAGAAGCAGGAGCUCUUACAGUCGUAUCAAAAGGAAGAUGAAGCAGCAGCAGUAAAGAAGUAAAAAUUUUCCCAAUCUGAUUUUUUUAAAGAAUGUUUUGUUGGAGAAAAUAAAAAAAAACUUUAACAACA